GACGUCAUGCCCCCAGAGCAGACGUGGCACAGAGACGGUUUAAAGUCGCAGCUGUAGCCAGAGCUGACCUGCCACCAUUAUUCUGUACACCAACUCUAGGGGAAUUAAAGGCGUUUAAACAAAAAGCACUCGAAGGCUUUCCUGCUUUUUUUAAACGCUCAGUAAACCAUGGCUUCGUCUGCGAAUAAUAACGGUUCUGCUGGUAAAUGGGAGGUGGUGAGACGAGGCAAGAAACAGAACAGCGCUGCCAAGAGUCAAGCCGACAAGAAGUCCAGGAAAGCUCUGAGCGAGUCUAACUCUCCAAAACUUGACCUGUAUCCAUCUGUAAAGAUGUCCGAGACAAUAUUUGAGGGUUUCGAGAAGAUCGGAAAGAAGCAGAACAAGGAACAGGUUCCUCCCCCGGCUGAGACUCAACAGAAGAAGCUCAACGCAGCAAAGCAGUCCAAGAAAUCCCAGUCCAACAGCAGCUCAAAACCGACCCACUACAAAACAUUGGAGGAAGCUGUCAAAGCUCUGGAUGUGGUGGAGUUGAGGCAGCAGCUGGAGAAAAGUCAAGUUAUGUUCCCUGAGAAUCCAUGUGUCUGGGUGAAGGAUCUAGCUGGGUAUCUCAACAGCAAACUGCUCGCGCCUGACACAGAUCCCACACUCAGCAGUUAUGCUCACGAUUACCCAUACUGCCUUGCUGGAAAGGAUCUACGCAACAUAAUUAAGAAUCUGUUGGGGAAAAGCGGUGACACGCUACAAGAAUUCUUUGAUCACUGUGUCCUCACCAUGCUCCGGGAGUUGGAUAGACCAGCAGCUGAACCACUGCAUGGCUACAGAAUGUGCAUUCAGGCCAUCAUGAUGAACAAACCCAAAACAGCCACGCUCAACCUGCCUGAACAUCUGGAGCUGCUGCGCUCUCACCAGAACCGUCCAGCCAAGUGUCUGAGCAUUAUGUGGGCUCUUGGACAAGCUGGCUUCUACGACCUUACCCAAGGCAUAAGAGUUUGGCUGGGCAUCAUGCUCCCUGUUCUAGGAGUGAAAACCCUGUCUGCCUAUGCCAUUGCAUACCUAGAGAGAUUGCUCACGCUUCAUGCCAAUCUGUCUAAAGGGUUUGGGGUAAUGGGCCCAAAAGAAUUCUUCCCUCUGCUGGAUUUUGCUUACAUGCCCAAGAAUGCUCUGUCGGCAAGCUGUUGUGCCUUCAGCCUGCAGGAGCAGUUGAGGAGGCUCUAUCCACGGCUGAAGGUUCUAGCAUUUGGAGCGAAACCGGAAUCCACAUUGCAUACCUACUUCCCUUCCUUUCUCUCCAGAGCCACGCCCAAUUGUCCUGAUACCAUGAAGAAAGAGUUGCUGAGCAGCCUGACCGAGUGCCUUUGUGUAGAUGCACAGAGUUUGGGUGUAUGGAGGCAACUUUACACUAAACACCUCACUCAGUCCAGCCUCUUGUUGAAUCAUCUGCUCAGUUUAUGGAGCACGCUCCCACCAAAGUUGCGAAACAGCCUUCAGGAAACAAUUCAGUCUUUCAGAGUGACCAAUGAAGAGAUUAGGUCCAUAGCUAACUUGGAUGACGUACAGGAAUGCAGCGUUGUAUGCAGUUCUCUGCAGAUGAAAAUUCGCUCUCAGGGGUUCCCCUGGUCACGGGUGCUGAUGGUGCUGCUGGUGUUUGUUGCCGGUUUCAUUGCUCAUGAUGUGAGAUCUCAUGGCGCGUUUGCCGACUCUACCACAGCGCUGUACCUGCAGAAGAGCGGAGUCACUGCAGUAUCCCAGCAGGCCUGGAGAAAAGUGUCCCAUUACAGCCAGCAGGGCAUCAACUGGUUAGCUGAGACUAUGCCAUAUUAUUACUCUCUGGCUGUGGAGGCAGUGGGUCCCUUUUUGGAAGCCAUUUUGGAGAAGCUAAAGGUGGCUGCAGUCUUUAUUGCACAGAAGAGUUCUGAACUGAUACUGUGGCUGCAGGAGAGCACACCACUCCUCGUAGAAUGGAUCAAUGCCAACACCCCAGAGAGUGUUUUCCAGUUUUUGCAGUUUGUUAAGGAGCUGCUGCUGUUUGUGCAUCAGAACUACAUCCUCCCCGGCCUGCAGUACGUCGUUACAGCUCUCCAGCAUCUUUGGCAGUCACUGCAGGACUCCUGCAAUGGUGAAGUAUCACUUCUCUGCAUGCAGAACCAUGUGGUGGCAUUCACCAAUAGCACAUGGAUUUACUUGCAAGAUACAACAACAGCCAUCAGGAGCUGGGCCCAAGAGCUGCUGUCCAAGGCAUGAUACACGCCCAGAAUAGGGGACAAAGACUGUCUUUAUUUGCGUCUACCCUCUCGCGCUGGGCUGUAAAGACUGUAGGAUGCUUUUCCAUCUAAAUUUCUCAAAUUCGGAGGACUCGACAGGAGGUGGAACACUUACCAGUUGUUGUUUUUUUUGUUUUUUUUUUUUCUUUUUUCUUUUUUCUUUUCUGUCCCCCACUACAUUAUUUGGUACUCCACCCCCAUCCCUCAAUUUCAGGACUUUUUAUAUGAUCAAUACCUACAAAUUUUUCUGAGUGCUCCUUUUCAUCUCUUGUGUUUUACUUAGGUGACUGCAGAUACAAUAUUUAUUUUAUGUAUGUACUAAUAAAACAAAAGACUACAAAAGAGGCUGCUGGGUUAAUUGGAUAUGAAAAGUGCUGAAUGAUGCAGGACACACAUUUUAUAUUAAGCAGCACAUCUGAGGUUUUGCUGGAGAAAUAUCUGAACAGCUACUGUAUAAUAAAGCAAAACACAGCAUAAUUUGAUAUUAAAUUCGACCUGGAGCAAAUUUACUCACGAAAUAUGCACUUGAACACAAAAGCCUUAAGCAUUUUGUGUUUUAAAGGUUUACACAUUGUUGGCAACAAUUAUCUAAGAUUUCACUUUUUUGUGCCAAUUUACGUAUAAGCAAACUGUUCUAGUGCUUCUAUUCCCUAUUUGCGCAUUCAGUUUAAGAUGCCUGUCAAAGAUGCAGUUUAAUCUUGUUUAAUUCUAGCAGCUUAUUGCAUUUCAAAUACAGCAGCACACUGAGGUUCUAGCGAUGAGGCAUUCCAUGGCUAUGUGACCAAACUUUCCUCCUGGAUGUUAGUGUUGGACCCUGUGUGCUGGUGGUCACCUGCUGGAUCUGUAACUUAUCUAGCUCACAUAAGUGAACUCAUUCCAUUCACAGCAAUAGUCAGAAAGUUUUCCAUAAGUAAUGUCUGUGAAAAAAAUUGUUGAGUAUUUUAUGUGGAAACAUUGCCAUUGGAAAACUUUCUGAGCAUGCCAUGAUUUAAUAUAGAAAGUCAUUCAAGCAUAAUACCUGAUUUUCUUUGUAGAAAUGCUUAGUGGUUGAUUUGAUUUGGUGAUCAUGAAGUUUUUUUGUUUGUUUGUUUUUUUUAAAGAUUUACUUACUGUGCGCCUCACUUGCCCACUGUUUCUCAGUAUCGGAGAAGUUUUGUGGUGAUUACUGUUGUUAUCGUCUGCAAGUCUUCUACUUGAUUACCUUUUAAUGUGAUCUGGGAAGCUCUACUGAAGAUAGAGAAGCAAGUUGUAUAUUCUCUACCCCUCACUCUCUGCAGCAAAGACUUGCAUAAUAUAAAUAAAAUGACAGGACAUGGAGCUCCUUCUAGAAUUGGAAUUCUGCAUUUGAUGUGAAGUUUGCCUCCUGUGUUUGUUUCUAGAGGCUACAUCUGUGCGGUACACCAUAAUGUUCAAGUGUCAAAAGGUGUAAUUAAGAUUUUUAGCACUGUAUCUGUAAUGGUUAUCAGCCAGCUGUGUCUGGUUAAAGACAGAUUCAGGAUUAGACUGUAGCCCCACCUCUUAACAUAACAGGGCUGGAAGUACAGAUUACACCAUGGAAGAGGAAAAGAGAAAUAAUAUAAAUGUGAUUAACUAAUUUUGUUGCUUUGUAUAAAUGGUUUAUAAAUAAAUUAAUAAAAUCUGUGCAGCCCUGCUCAUGGCACCUGUCUGUACUUUAACCAUU